GUUCAAGACUGCUCCUUGCUGGCAAGCUCUUGACCGGCGGACGCACAGCCCUCCCCGAGACGUCUAGCUGGUGUUGUCUGGACGGACAAGGGUGUUGUGCCAGGCUGCGCCCCUGCGCGUUCCAAAAGAGGCAGCGCGUACUACCAGUCAACCUUCAACAUCUGGUUGAAAUUGAAAUUUGAGACCUCGACGGAAACAGAAAUGGGAAAUGAUACGCGUGUUGCGGCGGUGGGCUGGUGGAUGGAAAUGUUCGUACAACUUCGUGUUGAGAGGAAGGAAAAGAACAUCGAAGAAAACGUGCUCUGAGGUGGGUUGUUGCAGGACGCUUGGUGGAGAUUGUGGCUUUUCCAAAUUGGGUUCCUGGUUUAGUCGGAGAACUCUUCGGGACUGUGGACAGAAAGUCAGCUCUCAAUCUCUCAAACAUUUCGAUAUGGCUGCUCACAAAGCGGCGCCACCACCAUCUCGUGUUUGUGCGCCGGCGUCAGGGUUUUUUGGACUCAUAUUGUUUUCCGGCGUCUUGAGGUAUGGGGGCGGCUUCGUUGGGCUAAGCUACGAAGGAUUGAAGCUCUCAGUUAUCAGGCAGAGAAGAUGAUGUCUGAGGCCGAAUGAUGGAAGGUAAAAUGGAAUUCACGGCGGUAGUUUGGUAACAAUGCUUUUAAAGCUGGAACUUAGGGACUUUGGGUACUGCAGAUGUAUUCUUUA